GUCAGGUUCGCGAGGCAGGUUGGCGACGGCGAGGCAGAGUCUGGCAGACACACACCGGGAAGGCCGAGGAGUAGCCGCACGUCCUGUGGAACCAGUCGCCGCCGCCGCCUCUCCACAGUCAUGGGUGCCCGGGGAGUGAGCGUGGUCGCUACCAUCCUGCUGGUGGUGGCCCUCAGCCCCGUGAGACCCGAACCGGAGCCGGCGCAGUCGCCGUUCAAGGCCGGAGCCACCAAGAACACCAAGAACCCGUACUGCUCCAUCGCCUGCCGCAGCGGCGCCGCGCACACACUGUGCCAGUACUCGGCCGGGCCGCCGUCGACGUGCAAGGACGGGCGCGCCUGGCCGCUCAACGGCGCCGAGCGCGGCGCGGUGCUGCACGCCCACAACCUCCUCAGGAACAAGAUGGCGUCCGGCGGGGUGCCGCCCUUCCCCAGCGGCGCCAACAUGAGGCAGAUGGAGUGGGACGCCGAGCUGGAGCAGAUUGCUCAACGCUGGGCUGACCAGUGCUCGUUCGCUCACGACCAGUGCCGAGACUCAGGCCGCUUCACCGUCGGCCAGAACGUGGCCAUCUACUUCUCGUCGGCCGCCAAGUUCCCGCCCAUCGAGUCCCGGGUGCACUCCUGGUACGACGAGAUCCGCGACUACGCGUACGCCGAGGGCCCGUUCUCGUUCUCGUUCGCCACGGGCCACUUCACGCAGGUGGUGUGGGGCGACACCUGGCUGGUGGGCUGCGGCCGCGCGCGCUACGAGGAGAACGGGCUGCCCACCCAGCUGCUGGUCUGCAACUACGGCCCCGCCGGCAACGUGGAGACCGAGCCGCUGUACCGCCAGGGCGCGCCGUGCUCCGCCUGCCAGCCCGGCACCGCCUGCUCGCCGACCUACCCGGCCCUGUGCGCCGGCCAGGGCGCCAGCCAGUUGGUGCAGUUCUCCCUGGAGCCCGCCGCCGCGCCGCUCAGCCUGACGCCCUCCACGGUGGCGCCCACCGCCCCGCCAGCCAUCGGACUCCGAGGCUUCUUCGGCGACGUGACACAGAACAGCAUCCUGCCGUCGUCCGUGUCCCCGGCGCUGUUCGGGGGCUCGACGCUCAAGCCCUUCACGCCCAUCAAGCCGUUCGCCGCGGCCCUGCCGUCCACGACGGCCACCCCGGUGCUGUCCACCGAGUCCCCCGACGAGUUCGGCCAGCCCGGCUGCCCCAUCCCGAAGAGCGUGGGGCCGACGUGCAAGCAACACCGCGCCGCGCCGCUGUCGGCCGCCGAGCGCGCCACCAUGCUGGACUUCCACAACGUGAAGCGGAGCGCGAUCGCGGCCGGGGACCUGCCGGGCUUCAAGCCCGCGGCCGACAUGAAGCAAAUGUACUGGGACGAGGAGCUGGAGGCCCUGGCGCAGACCUGGGCUGACAAGUGCGAGUGGGGCCACGACCCCUGCAGGAGCACAGCGCGCUGGGCGGUCAAGGGGCAGAACCUGGGCCUCACCUUCAGCCUGGACUGGACCUUCCCCGCCAGCACGGAGCGCGUCGAGGACUGGUACCAGGAGCUCAAGCUGUACAACUACACCACGGGGCCCUUCACGUUCGCGCCGGCGACGUCGCACUUCACGCAGCUGGCCUGGGCCGACACGUACCUGGUGGGGUGCGGCCGCACGCGCUACAUGUCGGAGCACGGGCUGCCCUCCGAGUACCUGGUCUGCAACUACGGCCCCGGCGGCAACAUCUUCGGCAACCCGCUGUACCGCGAGGGCCCGCCCUGCGCCAAGUGCCCCUUCAGCUGCUCGGACCGCUACCCCGGCCUCUGCACUCGCAUCGAGGACUCGAACGAGGUGGGCACCGGCACGCCGCUGUCCCUGCAGGCCCUGAAGCUGGACGAGCCGUCGUCGCCGCCGUUCCUG